CUGGUGUCGAAAUGGCGACAGAAGGAGAAGCUCAAAACGACGAGCGUGGCGCUCGUGCUAUGUCUCAAUAUUGGUGUCGACCCACCGGAUGUGAUAAAAAUAUCGCCUUGUGCACGGCUGGAGUGCUGGGUGGACCCCAUGUCUGCACAGCCGGCAAAAGCCCUAGAACACAUUGGCAAAAACCUGCAGGCACAAUACGAACGCUGGCAACCGCGGGCUAAGUACAAGAUGCACCUGGACCCCACCGUGGAGGACGUGAAGAAGCUGUGCCUGAGCUGCAGGAGAAACGCGAAGAACGAACGCGUGCUGUUCCACUACAAUGGACACGGCGUGCCCCGGCCGACGGCGAACGGAGAGAUUUGGGUUUUCAACAGCCGCUACACCCAGUACAUACCACUGUCCAUUUACGAGCUGCAGAGCUGGCUGGGGACGCCCAGCAUUUACGUGCUGGACUGCUCUGCGGCCGGACUCAUCAUCAACGCCAUCCGCCAGCUCAUGGACCAGCGGAGCAAUGACGCGCUCAGGGGCAUGGCCGGGAUGUACGCCGGGGCCGGGGCGGGCAGCUCCGGGGCUCCUGACCACCUCAAGGAGAUCAUCGUGUUGGGUGCGUGCGGAGCCGGUGAGCAGCUGCCGCAAAACCCGGACCUCCCGGCGGACGUGUUCACGGCAUGCCUCACCACGCCAAUUAAGGUGGCUCUGCGCUGGUUCUGCUCUCGCAGCCUGAUGCGGCAUGACGGGCUGACGAAAGACCUGACCGACAGGAUUCCGGGCAAGCAGACGGACCGGAAAACGCCCCUGGGCGAACUGAACUGGAUCUUCACAGCAAUCACGGAUACGAUUGCGUGGAAUGUACUGCCGCGGCCGCUGUUCCAAAAGCUGUUCCGCUCGGACCUGCUGGUAGCGUCCCUGUUCCGCAAUUUCCUGCUGGCGGAGCGCAUCAUGACAGCGGCGGGAUGCACGCCGGUGUCGUACCCGCGGCUGCCGCCGACGCACCAGCACCCCAUGUGGCAGGCUUGGGACUUGGCAGCGGAGAUGUGCCUGGUGCAGCUGCCGACACUGUCAAGCGAUCAGCAGGCAGAGUUUACACCGUCGAGUGAGUGUUGGCAGCUGUCACGGGGGGAGUCGUAUUGGCGCUGUAAUAGCAGCGGUGUAUGCAGCUGUUGGGUCGGGGAGCGCUGGGGUUGCCGCUGUCCCGCCAUGACUGGGAUAGUAGUAAGAUGCCGUAAAACGACGGGUAAUACGGGAAUUACAGGGUGUCGUUAUGACGAACCUGGUCAUUGGUUUUAG